GAAUCCACGAAGCCAAAUCGGAGAUAAAUUCGUCUGACUUAUUCGCCUCAGCUGUUGCUUCGCUCCGAGAAGCUCUAACAACGCUAUCAAACCCAAAUAUAAAGGAAAUAAUUUGUUUCGGUUUAGGUCGAAUCGGGUGAGAUGGCGUCGAAAAUCAAUACUUUGAGACAGAUCAUCGCGGAAUUGCGUCAAGCGCUUCCGAAUGAUUCGCUUAAAGACAGUUUGGCACUUCGGUACAUUUUGAGUCAGUUUAGGAAGUAUAAAACGACGAGCGAGCAGUUGUGUAAGGCGAGAGAGGAGAUGGAGUUUAUGGCCAAUACGUAUUUGUGCUAUUUGAGGAGCUCGAGGAUGCAGCAGGAAAUUCAUAAUGAGUUUCACGGGAAAGGGGAGAGGUCGGUGAGAGAAACAGCUAAUUUGGUUGGGUUUAAGCUGCCUCAUGACCCGAAAUAAUCGAUACAUAAUUGAAAAUUGUAUAAAGUUUUAGUGAAAUAGAUACACAUUUAUAGAUUGCAUAAA